GCGAGCCGUGAUUGGAUCACGUUCGCCUAGGAGGAGGGAUUAGUUCGGCUCCGGCUGUCAAGAUUGGCAAAGAGCUGGCGCUGCUGCGCGCAGGUAAAGGGAACAAGCGACAAAUCAAAAAAAACAUUUGUUCUGGCAGUAAGAGGAAUGCAAUGGAAGGACUCUUCUGUGAACCGUACAUGGCAUAGAAUCGACCCAUACGUUCACGUUUCCUAAAACGCGCGGCAUCCUGAGCGCCUCGCAAGAAAAUCCCCCUUCUGUGUCAACGUCUGGCGGCGGACGAGCAUUGUACGAGGAACUUCGACAGCUGCGUGUUUUCAAGCAAGCCAUCAACAAAGAAUGAAACCGUUCAAACGAGCUCUGGAAGAGGAGCGCCUCAGGGAGCACGAGCUCUCGUCGGCCAUGUCGGACAGCGAUGACUCCUCGCCCCUCGACCUGUCGGGCGGAGGGCUGUCGGGGAAGCGCCGUCGCCGUGGCAACCUGCCCAAAGAGGCGGUGCAGGUUCUCAGAAGUUGGCUCUACGAUCAUCGUUUCAACGCCUAUCCCUCUGAGCAAGAGAAGCUGAGCCUCUCGAGUCAGACCAACCUGUCUGUGUUGCAGAUCUGCAAUUGGUUCAUCAAUGCACGCCGGCGCCUACUCCCCGACCUGCUCCGCAAGGACGGUAAAGACCCAACCCAGUUCACCAUCUCCCGCCGAGUCGGCUGGAAGUCCGAAGGCCGCUCGCCGACCUCCCUGGGCGCGGCGAUGUCCCCGGGGAGUCCCUCGGCCCCGGCCCAACCUCGGCCGUCCGUGAUCCGUUCCGCCCCCACAUUAGACCUCAGCCUUCUGGGGAACACGGCGACCGCCAUCCUGACUGGCGGCGGCUACCCCGGGCGGGAAGGAGCGGUGCAGGCCCUGAUGAGGCUGGACACCCAGAGUUUGCUGAAGGAGGCGGAGGAGCGGGGACUCUGCGCCACGGUCAUCACCAGCACGGGGUCUGCCUCGAGCCCCCACAGCGGGCUCUUCAACACGCCUCCCCCCACGCCGCCGGAGCUGUUCCCCACCCAGGACUUCAGUGACCUGCGGCUUCUGGUGGACGCAGCCCUGCAGAGGGCAGCGGAGCAGGAGAACAUGAAGCGGCUCAUAGAGGGCCAGAUUAGGUCCGCUGUGAAGACGGAGCCCCUGGAGGCGCCGUGCGCCAUCGAGAUGAGCCCCACCCCUCCGCCAGAGGACCGCCAUCAAGUGAUGGAAGCCUCCCGAGUGCAGAGUCUCAUGGAGAAGGCCAUGGUCCUGACGGUCUCCUCUCCCGUCUCUGACCCCAUGAGGGCUGCAGUACCGGUGUCUGUAGUGGCAGCUCAAUGUCUAGAUUCUAUCCAUGUCUCUUCGCCAUGGCAGUCUCCUCUCUCGAUGGCCAAGGUCCCGUACAGCUCUGUGCAGAUGUCCAUAGUAGGAUCCACAAGCCCUCGUCAAUCUCCAAUUUCGCCCGCCCACCAAGGCAUCUCGAUGCCAGUGUCCACUCCCGUUUCAGAACAACCUCAUUCACAGAACCCCACCUCUACCCACUCUGUGGCCCCAGCUUCUGAGCCACUUACGACCUCAAACUCCAGUUUGGCUCCGGUCUCCACAACAUUUACUUAUAGUCCAUCUGGCCCCGCAGCUCGUAGUUCACCUUCUGGUGCUGAGCAAGUGCUUCACCAAGUCUCCAUCGGUUCUAGCCAGGCUUCCAGCCCAACUAUGGGUCUCAUUGGAGUCUCUCCUUCCUGCUCCCCCAUCCCGGCCUCCAAGAAAGUCCUUAACUCGUCGUUCCACCAAUCCCCAUUAAUCCAGGUCAGGGUUCCAAGCCCCUCACCCGGCAGAACCCUGUCCUCGCCUGCGUCUCCCGGCCACACCCCAGUGUCUGCCUCAGGCCAAGCCCCCAUGCGUCCGCCCUCCUCCUCCACCCCGGCCUCCUCACCCACCCAAGCUGUUACCCCAGCCCUGGGUCAGGUUCCCCAUCUCCCCACGACCUCCCAGGCCGCGCCCUACACUCUGACCAGCAGCACCCAGAGGAGUGCUGCGGCGGGGCCCAGUGUGUGGGGCGUCGUCCACGGUGACGCCAGGCAGCCCUCGCCCCACCCUGUGGUCAAGAGUGCCAUCCCCACCGUGUGGAACCCGCAGCACGGGCUGCGUGCAGUGAGUGAACCAGUGAACUGAAUAGGGAGACUGUUCUGUGGGUGGACGCGUGUGUGUACCUUACACAAGGACAGGGGCCCGAACUGUCAAAGACUGGCCAACGAUGUAUAUAGGAGAAUGUAACCACAUCAUUUGUUAGAUUAAGUAUUAGCUUGUAGGAGGAGAAGAACUGGAUUACAUUCUUGCAAUCUUGGAUGAAGAGAAGGGCGGUGCAAAAUAGUCAUGUUUUAAAGACUCUUUCCCGAGCAACAUUUUUUAGCAUUUUAAAUAGAACUCCUGAUGUAGGCAUUUGCUGUUUGGUGAAAACAUUUUAACGGCAGCCUUCCAAACCAACAUUCCAGAAAGCAAAAUGUAUUCAUUCAGUAUGCCAUUUUCCCGUUCUGUCUUCGCCCUUUCCAUGUUGUUUGAGUAAAGGGUUAAAGAGCUCUAAAAACCGUUAAAAAUUUAAAUGGGUUUAACUGCCAGCAUAGCCAGCCUCUUCAGGAGCAGUGCUGGACUGAAUUGAAUGUAUUAUGAAAUAGUAUUUGAUAACCUGCCAGGAGGCCUUUUUUUAUCAUUCCCCACCAGUCUUAAAGAAGAAAAGGCAGAUGUGAGUUUAUUCCAUGGGUCACAAAAGCAUCAUGCUCCACUAUAGCUGUGCACUUUAGAUAUUGUGUUUUUCAUUCGAUUUUUGGGGGGGGGGGCAGGCCCAAUUGUUCUGAUCAUUCCACCCAGCCCACCCUUCACCCUGUGAGAGCGGACGGGGAAGAGGAGACAUUGAUUGUACUGCAGUGGGUCUGGCUGCAUGAGAUGCCUCCGCUGCGCCUGUCCCCGUCUCGCUCUCUCUCCCCUCCUGCCAUCCUCUGAUGUCUUCCUAAGGCGGAACAGCGGCUGUCCGUUUGAUCCCAGGCCUACCGAUCCUCGCCCCUUACUCUCAGAAAUACCCCCCCCUUUAUGGAGGGCCCGGAUCAGAGCGUAUUCUGUGAUUUCAUUUUUAGCAUGAUGUCUUGGCAAACAGAAUUCUGAAAGAUGUACAAACAUACAUUUAUAUAUAUAUAUAUAUAUAUAUAUAUAUAUAUAUAUAUAUAUAUAUAUAUGUAUAUGUAUAUGUAUAUAUAUAUAUAUGUAUGUAUGAGGAUGGAAUGUAUGUUCAUGUCUCUGUUACGGAAAGUAAGAAGGUGUGUUUGAGGUUCCUCUGAACGUUUUCCUUCUUUUUGGGCACACUUAUGUGUGAAUGGAGGGGGGUUGCACCACAUUGGUCCAGUUACAGAAAUCAAUGUUUUGUGGUAAUGCGAGAUGCCCAACGACAUGAUGUCAUCAGGCUCUUAUCUCUGCAGAUGUGGAAAUGAAACUCAAACCAUGCUGUGAGAUUUACCACCUAUUCGCUCAUCAUUUUUAUUUUUUAUUUUAUUGCUACUUCCAUGAAUUACAUGUGGCAUACAAAUAUUUCAGGCUCAAUAGAAGAGAUUGUAUUAUCGUUCCGGAAUUUCCAGUUUGGUUUUUCCUGGGUUUUUGGUCAAAGUGUUUCAAACCAGUGUGUCUUCAAUCAUGUAAAGUGUCUUGGCAAAGCAAAUGUAGCAGACGCAGCUUUAACUGAACACCUGAUUGCUUUUGUUUUGUUUUCAACUUUUUUGUUCAGCGGUACUGGGAGACAAAUCAUGCGUUCUCGACAGUGCUCCCACUCUGUUUGUAGUGACACGGGUUCUAUAGAAUUGUUUAUCAUUGCAUCUAAGGUCGUAGUUUCCAUGAAACUGUCUUUUAGUAAAGAAUCACUAUGUAUCUGAAAACUAGAGCUGUAUUAACAGUUGUAAGUAAGCUGGGUUCCUAUGUGAAUUUACUGUAGCAACAUUAAGUGAACUGUCGUUUUGGGUCUUUUCAUUCCUCUGUAUUUUUUUCUUUAUUUUUUUUGCUUUGUGAUGCCUUUUUUACUUUAAACCUCUGCAUGUAGAUGACAGGAACAUGAUCUGUAAUUGAUAGAAUACUGCUGAGCACAAUCCCCCAAGUUAUUUCUUUUGUUCAUUUUGACUUUCCCAAAUAACGGUUCGCCCCACCCUUCCUACCGCUCAGUGGUCGCAUCAUGAAUUAUAUUAAAUGCAUGCGAGUACAUGAUGGAGAGUUGUUCAUAGGAGAAUGUUUAAUACCUCAAAUUACACAGGUUAUGGUCAGGCUGAGGACUUAAACAGACUUUAUAUAUAUAUCUAUAUAUUUAAUACUAACUAGAUAGUGAUGACUCAUAACACUACAUCAUGCCACUGUGACAACCCAUUGCUGGUGAUUUAUACUGGAAUUGGCUUAUUAGAGUACUAUGGAUAUGGCAGACGAUGUUCUUUUUAUAUAGCUUCUAUUGCCAGUUAUACGAUGCAAAAUGACACUUUGAGGAUAGACGGUGUGAUAAAGCAUGUAAAUACGUGGUUCGAUUUUCUUUUCUUUUUUUUCUUUUUUUCUGGCAUGAUUUAAGUAGCUUUGAUACAACCAAAUGAAUUCUUAAAGAUGUUUUCAAGUUCAUUUUAUGAAUUGUGAACUACCAUGGGCAGUAUAACUGGCUACUGUGCCUUACACCUAGGAUCGAGGGAACAUGUCCUCUUCAACAUAACUUUACUAUAGUCUGUGCAAUAUAUGCCUUAAACUCUAAUUAUGUCUUUUCUAUGAGCAUUUCAGAGAAAUAAACGUCAUUUUUUUGGUAAGUGUGACUUCUAGCCUCUUUAAUGUCGUGUCGUUGUGCAGCAUAUUGACGUGCAAUGUCAUUUUCUGCAGACCUAAUACUGAUGGAUUAGAUAUUGUGCCAGCUGAGCCAAGCAAUAUUUAUUUUAAGGAUGGGAACAAUUUUUAUUUCCAUAGAAAAGCACAAAUUGGCACUGAAUUUAUAACAUUGACAUAAAACAUAUUUUGAUAGAAUAAAGAAUCUGGCAAAGGCUGAUACUGAUGCAUUUAAGUCUUCAAAUGAAUCUUGACAUCCUACUGUUCACGGCUGAAUCCCUUCUUAAUGUAGACCUACUCUCCCUCUCAGCCAAACACAAUAUGUGGGCAUGAUGCUUUAGAUGAGUAACCAUACACUUGGGGAAAUGACACUAUAGAGUGAAACAUCUCUAAUCAUCAUCCUUCAAACUUAAAAACUUGCAUAUUUUGUUUUUAAAGGUGACCUAAAACCAGGUGUGAUUUUGAAAAGCCAUUACAAGCCGUUUG